AUGGAGGACAAGUACAGCAGUAAUGUGAUGAGUACGGGCAGGCUGGGCCCUGUGGAUGCCCCGGAGUCCAGGCUGACCCGAUACAUUGUACUUCUCUGCUUCACCAAGUUCUUGAAGACUCUCGGGAUCUUCGAAUCCUACGAUCUAUUGAAAGUAGUCCAUAUUGUACAGUUUAUCUUUAUAUUAAAAUUAGGGUCUGCAUUUUUUAUGGUUUUGUUUCAAAAACCAUUUUCUUCUGGGAAGACAAUUACUAGACGCCAAUGGAUCAGUAUUGUGAAGCAUGCGUUCGUUGGCUGUAUUAUCUCACUUCUGUGGUUCUUUGGCCUCACUCUUUGUGGACCAUUACGGACGUUGCUGCUGUUUGAACACAGUGAUAUUGUGGCUCUAACAUUGCUUACAGUGCUUUUCACUGGUUCCAGUGGGGUUCCAUCCAAGACUCGGGGUGCAGCCUUUUUUAUUAUAGCUGUUAUUUGUUUACUUCUCUUUGAUAAUGAUGAUCUGAUGGCCAAAAUUGCAGAACACCCUGAAGGACACCAUGACAGUACUCUAACGCAUUUCCUGUACACAGCGUUCUCCCUAUUAGGAGUUGCAGAUCAUAAGGGAGGAGUACUGUUGCUUGUGUUGGCUUUAUGUUUCAAUGUUGGUUUCCACACAGCUUCCAGAAAGCUCUCUUUAGAUAUUGGUGGAGCCAAGCGUCUGCAGGCCUUGUCUCACCUUGUGUCUGUCAUAUUACUGUGCCCGUGGGUCAUCGUCCUUGCUGCAACUACUGAGAGUAAAGUGGAGUCAUGGUCUUCUCUCAUAAUGCCUUUCAUCACCGUUAUAUUCUCGGUCAUGAUCCUGGAUUUCUAUGUGGAGUCUGUUUGCUCAGUUAAGAUGGAAGUGUCAAAGUGUGCGCGCUAUGGAUAUUUCCUGAUAGUAAUCAGUGCUCUGCUGCUGGGGAAUUUCUGGACUCAUCCUAUCACAGACCAGCUGCGGGCCAUGAAUAAGCCCGCACACCAGCCUAGCACUGAACAUGUCCUCUCUGGAGGAGUGGUGGUCAGCUCUAUCUUUUUCCUCUUGUCUGCAAGCAUCCUAUCUUCGGCAUCCAGGAAGGGCCAGAAGGGCACCCUUGUUGGUUAUUCUCCGGAAGGGACACCUCUGUACACCUUUAUGGGUGAUGCCCUGCACAGCACUUCCCCAUCUAUGCCUAGGUUUAUUAAGGAUUCACUCAAACAAAUACUCGAAGAAUACGACUCCAGGCAGAUCUUCUACUUUCUAUGUCUAAACCUGGCAUUUACUUUUGUGGAGCUGUUCUAUGGUGUGUGGACAAAUAGUCUAGGGCUGCUUUCUGAUGGAUUCCACAUGUUGUUUGACUGCUCUGCUCUAGUCAUGGGACUUAUUGCUGCAUUAAUGACUCGGUGGAAGGCAACUCGGAUCUUCUCUUAUGGGUAUGGCCGUGUGGAAAUACUGUCAGGAUUCAUUAACGGUCUGUUUCUGGUGGUGAUAGCAUUCUUUGUGUUUAUUGAGGCUAUAGCAAGAAUCUUUGAUCCUCCAGACAUCAAUACAGAUAUGUUAACACCAGUUUCGGUUGGAGGUCUGCUGGUUAACCUUGUUGGUAUCUGUGCCUUUAGCCACGCCCACUCCCAUGGUGGUUCAAGAGGUGGAUGUUCCUCUCAUGAAUCCCACGCCCACUCUCACCAUGGCCACGGGCACAGUCAUGGACAUGGGCAUUCACAUGGUGGAUCUGGUGGAGGCAUGAAUGCCAACAUGCGUGGUGUGUUCCUCCAUGUACUGGCUGACACUCUAGGCAGUGUGGGUGUGAUAGUCUCCACCAUUCUGAUUCGGCAGUUUGGUUGGCUCAUUGCUGAUCCUCUCUGCUCUCUCUUCAUUGCUAUUCUGAUAUUUGGAAGUGUCAUCCCUCUGCUGAAAGAUGCCUGCCAGGUGAUCCUCCUUCGAAUCCCUCCAGAAAUAGAGAAAGGAAUAAACAUCGCCCUGGAGAAGAUAUCGAAGGUUGAUGGUCUUAUAUCUUAUCGGGAUCCUCAUUUUUGGCGUCACUCUGCUUCAAUUAUUGCAGGGACUAUCCAUGUACAAGUGAUGUCUGAUGUUGUGGAGCAGAGAAUCAUCCAACAGGUAACUGCAAUACUGAAAGAUGCUGGAGUCAAUAACCUUACUAUCCAAGUGGAGAAAGAGGCCUACUUCCAACAUAUGUCUGGCCUUAGCACAGGGUUCCAAGAAGUCUUGGUCAUGACACAACAGAUGGACACCAUAAAAUAUUACAAGGAUGGGACGUAUAUCAUGUGA